AUGAGAAACAAAAGUAAACUUGUUAUAUGUAAUGAAUGUAAUGAAAUUAUAAGUGCAAAGACUAAAUGGUGCACGAAAUGCAAUGCCAAUCAUUUUGAAGUCGACUUUUCUAAUUGGACGAGUAGCAGUGCAGCUAUUGACGAAUUCAUUAGAAAAACUCAGUUAACCGCUGAACGCCACGAAUUUGUAUUUGAAUGGGUUGACUAUUCCAAGUUUUCUCGCCUUAGAAAAGUAAAAUUCUCUAUAAAUAAUGAAGCUUAUUGGGAAGAAGGGUAUGUGACAAGUUGGAAUUCCGAGUUGAAUAAAUGGAAUCGGUCCGGCGGGCAGUGGGUUAAAUUAGUGAGCCACUAUUGCGAGAAAUAUCUGAUUUCCCAUUUUCUCAAAUCGGAGUUGGAAGCUGCAAAAGCUGAUCUAUCAAAGCGACUAAUCUUCGGAUUAACGCGUGACCCUGUAUCCAAAGAUUAUUGUGUUAUUGAAAAAUUACAAGAGCUGUGUCCUUCUUGCAAACGAGAAUGGAUGUGCUCACGCUGGUGUCGUGGUUGUUACUCAAAUCUAUUUGAAGCCGAACGAUCAAAUUGGACAAGUGGCAACUCCGAUAUCGAUGACUUUAUUUACGAAACACAAGUAACCGCUGAAUUUCCCGAGCAGGUCUUAGAAUGGAUUCCGGAAACUCAGUUUACAAAAAUGAUACAGAUUGGACAAGGUGGAUAUGGUACUGUCUUUAAAUCAUACUUAAAAGUGGGGCGUAUCCGUAAAUGGAAUUCUAAUACCAAUAAAUGGGAUCGGGACGAACCGAUGUCGGUUGCCCUUAAAAACAUUGCGGAAGAGGAAAAUAGCGUCACCGAAUUUCUUAAAGAGAUUAGGGCUCUUCACGAGUGCUUGAAAAUUAAUCUGUACUCUUUAGAUUGCUAUGGCAUUACUCGACAUCCAGAAACAAAAAAAUAUUUAAUUGUUAUGCGAUUUGUAGAGGAAGGUGAUUUAAGAACUUACCUGUCCUCUAACUUUUCAAAUAGCAGUUGGGAUAAUCGCCUCGAUAGACUCUGGAGCUUUUCGAUUGAUCUUCGUAGCUUACACUAUGCAGGGCUCGUGCACAGAGACCUACACGCUGGGAAUAUGCUUUUUGGCAAGAACGGGCAUAUAUCUGAACUCACCACAGAUGAUCAAAUCGAUAUCAAAAAGCAAUUUAGGCUAGCCGAAGAAGAAAGAAAAAGAAAUCCGUUCCCGGUUGUGCCAUAUUCUGAAUUAAAAACGCAUCCCUUGGCAAUUUACACUAGCCGCAUUGUCCCCCGAGUUACUGCUGAUGUUCAUACGGGAACAUCUCAAUAUGAUCUCCGUUUUGAUUCAAGUUAA